AUGACCAAAUUUACAGAUAAUUUUCUCAAACAAUACCAAAACACACCACCGCAAGUCAUAUCCAUCGCUAUGGCUGCAGGAAUUGCACUUUAUGGCAUGUAUCUAUUUGAUACAUAUCUAGCAAAACCAACAGGAAGCAAAUACAACGAGGACGGAAUAACUAGUCAAAAGCCGCCACAAGAGGUUCCUCUCGUACCUGGCGGUCUACCAUAUUUUGGUCAUAUAUUCCAGCUCCCGAGCGAAAUUCCUGCUUUUAAAUUUGAUGAGUGGCAUAGAAAAUAUGGACCUUUAAUCCGUAUAAAUAUGGGUAUCAAGUCGUGGAUUAUUAUUGGCGAUUCCGAUAUUGCGAAUGACAUUCUUAGAGUUAAAGGUGCGAUUACUUCUGACCGCCCGUUUCAUCUUUUCACAUCUCAAUAUGUUUCACUUGGGAAAAGAGGGAUGGUGUUUGCUGACGCAGAUAAGCGAUGGAAACAAAGUCGUGCGAUCGCACAAAGUCUCUUUGGACCCAAGGGAGUGUCGCGUAAAGUCCACACGUUCAAGCAAGAAGCAGAAUGGGUUUCGGAAAUGCUUUUAAAGGACACAUUGGAAAAUGGUCACGUGAAUAUACUCAAGUCCUUGCAAGUUGGCACACUGAACCUUAUCAUGCAAACAUUCUUCGCGAAAAGAGCAGAGUCAUUGGACGACCCCCUGGCAAUAACUAUGAUUGAUCUCACUGGGACAUCUAUUAAACUCAGUGCACCUGAUCAAGAUAUGCCGACAUUUCUGCCUGCAUUUUCAGCCUUAUUCGGCCCGUGGUUUAAGAGUAACGAGAAGGAGAUGCGCGAGUUUGUUCACGAAAAACGUGACCCGGUAUAUUGGCGCUUAAUCAGAGAAGCACUUGAGAGCGAUGAAGAUUGUUUUGUCAAAAUCUUAUACGAACUCAAGGACGAGAACGAAUUAGAAGAUGACGACAUUCUAUUAUUUGUUGUCGAUAUAAUUGAAGCUGGAACAGACACAACAGCAAUGACACUAUCGUGGGCUUUCGUCAUACUAUCGCAUUAUAAAGAUGUCCAAAAGAGACUCCAUACCGAGAUCGACAAAUUCAUUGCUGAGCAUGGCCGCUUGCCAGAGUACGAAGAAAGGGAGAACUUUCCAUUAUUGAUUUCUGUGCAGAAAGAAUGCAUGCGUUAUCGAACGACGGUUCCCUCCGGUAUUCCACAUGAAGUAACGGAAGACUUCGAAUAUCAAGGAUACCUGAUACACAAAGGUGCUGUGCUUUUAUCUAAUACUUACACUUUGAACUUGAGUGAAGCAUUGUACGACAAGCCGAGAGAAUUUGUUCCGGAACGUUACAUGCUGGAUCAGCGAACAUUAGCUGCUUCAGUAAGCUCAAGUGCCUCACGGGGUCGCGAUCAAUUUAUGUUUGGCUGGGGAAGGCGAACGUGUCCUGGAGUUCAUAUGGCUGAUGUAGAGAUGUUUUAUUUCUGGGUGCGGAUCUUGGCAACUUCAAUCAUUGAGCCAACAUUGGACCACCAAGGACAGCCAAGAUACCCAGAUUUGGAUUCUUAUCUUGACGGUGGAAUUACAUCUGCCCCAGGCGAUCCAUAUAUUCAAAUUGUUGAAAGACCUGAUCGACUUAUUUAACGACAGUUUUGACCGAUUGUCUUUCAAAUUUAUACUUGUCAUACACAUUUGCUCCAU